AUGGAAUCCUCCGAUCUGGAAGUGUCCACGCCGGGGAUGAGCGUGAAACAGAUCGGGGAGAAUUAUAGACGCCUCCUCGAGGAGAUCGAUCGGAAGAAGGCGGCUAGAGGAAACGAUGGAGACGCGAAGAAGAAUGCGGAGAAGAUGAGAAUGGUUCGAAGGCAUAAAGAGAGUGACUCUUCAGACGAGGAGAUGAAGAUCGCCAAGGAACAAGUGAAACGCCUCAUGGAGAAAGCCGUAGCCAUCCCGGAGAAUGGAGACGCCACGAAGAUAGAGGAUUCCAAGGCGGAGAUAGAGGAUUCCAAGGUGAAGAUAGAGGAUUCCAAGGCGGCGGAGGUGGACGAGACAAUGUUCCCAAGGCGUAGAGGGAGAUUUAUCAGGUAUUUAAGGCGGCAGAGGUCCGAAUCACAGGAUUCCGCCGCCUUCCAAAUCCGGGAGAAUAUGACUUCGACUUUGACAUCGGAGGAAUCGUUCAUGAGUUACUCAGACGACUCCGUGGAAUAA